CCUCCACCUCGGUCAUCCCUGCCUUCCCUUCUUGGACACCGAAUCGCCUCCUCUCUCUCCUCUCAUCCUCACUCUCUCUCUCACUCUCACUCCCUCUUGCUUCCCCAUAGACGCACCCAAUCCGCCCUUUUCUCGAUUACAUUCCUCUCAUCGGGAUCCCUCCUAACUCUCAUUCCCUCCAUCCCUCCCCCCGCUUCUCAAACAUCGCCAUGGCUGUCCAGUCAAAGGACCUGCCUCAGCAGAUCAACGCCGUCCUCGACGCUGUCCACACACAGAAAUCGUCUUCCGCUCGUCCACUCCCCGCCGUCGCCCUCGUCGGCUUCAUUGCCAUCGUCGUCGGACGCUAUCUGAGUGUUAAGCAGGCAAAGCAGAAGCGCGCCGCCACCGCCGCUGCUUCCAAGAUCUCGACCGAAGGAUCCAGCACCAGUGAUAAUACGACAACAUCUACCACCACAGGCGAGAAAAAGGCUACGCGUCCACCCAAAUACACCUCAGAGGCAACACUGGAACGCAAUCGCAAAUACUUCCCGCCCUCCAAGGUUGCAACCGCAGGUUCAUCCGCUAGCUCUGCAAAGGCCGCUGUCAAGGUCGGCGUCAACAAGGAAUUCUUUCGCCAGAUCGAGGCCCUCUUCAAGGUCCUGAUCCCUAAACUGCACUGCAAGGAAACGUUGAUCCUGGCCCUGCAUACUACUUUCUUAGUUCUGAGAACCUAUCUCAGCGUCGUCGUCGCUCGUCUGGACGGAGCCAUCGUCAAGGAUUUGAUUGCUGGAAAUGGCAAGGGGUUCAUCCGUGGUCUUGGUUACUGGUUUGCAAUUGCUCUGCCUGCCACCUACACUAACAGCAUGAUCCGCUACCUGCAAUCGAAGCUCUCUAUCGCAUUCCGAACCCGGUUGACGCGCUAUGUCCACGAUCUGUACCUAAACGAUCAGAUCACAUACUACAAGGCCCUCAAUCUGGACGAUCGCAUCGAGGGCAUUGACCAGUAUAUCACCACGGACAUUGCAAAAUUCUGCGACUCACUCGCAGGACUUUACUCGAACUUGGGCAAACCCCUCCUCGACACCAUCAUCUUCAACUACCAGCUCAUGCGCUCGAUCGGUGUCUCGGGCAUGGGUGGUCUCUUUGUCUCCUAUGUCGUCACGGCGUUCUUGCUUCGCAUGGUCACGCCCGCCUUUGGCAAGUUGGCUGCCGUUGAGGCCAAACUGGAGGGUGACUUCCGCUCUGCUCACACACGUCUGAUCACGAACGCCGAAGAAAUCGCUUUCUACAACGGAGCUGAGCUCGAGCACUCAAUCUUGACCAAGACUUACAAGCGUUUGAUCCGUCACAUCAACUCGAUCUACAAGAUCAGAAUCGCCUACAACAUGUUUGAGGACUUUAUUAUCAAGUACUGCUGGUCUGCUGUCGGUUUGACCCUCUGCGCCCUGCCAGUCUUCUUCCCUACUCUCGGCGGUAUCGACUCUGUGAAGGAUGUCGCCAGCGGAGACAAGGUUGUCGGUGCCCGCACCAAGGGUUUCAUCACCAGCAAGCGUCUUAUGAUGUCUCUUGCAGAUGCGGGUGGCCGUAUGAUGUACUCGUACAAGGAAAUGUCCGAGUUGGCAGGUUCGACCCUUCGUGUGUACAACCUGGUCUCGGUCCUUCAUCAGCUUCAUGCCGGUAAAUACGAGGGCGUCACGCUCAAUGGCGAGAACAACUCUGGCGAGGAGCGCUACACCCUCAACGACAUCCGUGGUAUUAUCGAGUAUGGUUACGAGGGCAUCAAGUUUGUGGAUGUCCCCAUCGUGACACCGUCACCCGGAAACGCCAACGGAGGUGAGGAACUGGUCCAUAGUCUGUCUGUGGACAUCAAGCCUGGCGAUCAUAUGCUGGUGACAGGACCCAACGGUGUGGGCAAGACAGGUUUUGCCCGUGUGGUCAGCGGACUCUGGCCAGUGUUCCGUGGUCAGCUCUCCCGUCCCAACCCCAAGGAUAUCUUUUACAUCCCGCAGCGUGCGUACCUGUCAAUUGGAUCGUUGAGAGAUCAGGUUAUCUACCCACACUCGCAUGCAGAUAUGAUCAAAGCUGGCAGGACCGAAGAGGAGUUGAUGGACAUUUUAAAGCAUGUGCAUUUGGCAUAUAUCCCUGAUCGCGAGGGUGGAUGGGAUACGGUCAAGGAGUGGAAGGACGUCUUUUCUGGAGGAGAGAAACAAAGGAUGAACUUGGCUAGAUUGUUCUAUCACAAGCCAAAGUUUGCGAUUUUGGAUGAGUGUACGUCGGCCGUGAGCUCGGAUGUGGAGGGAUUGAUGUACAAUCACGCGAAGGAUCUGGGAAUCACGUUGAUCACGAUCUCUCACCGCCCUGCGCUGUUCAAAUACCACUUGCAUCUGCUCAAGCUGACGGGUGAUCAUGGACACUGGGAGUUCUCAACGAUCGGCACAGCAGAGGAACGUCAGUCACUCGAGAAGGAGGUGGCGUCGUUGCAGGCGAAGUUAGACGAGGUGGAGGACCUGAAGAGACGUCAUGCCGAGAUCCAGAAGGAGCUCGAGGUCGGAUUGAACGCUGGACCUCAGGAUGGAACCAAGGUCCAGAAGCGUGGGUUGUUUUAAACUCACGCAAUUAAAAUCUCACACGCAUACCUCCAUACUAUAUAUCCAUUAAGCUCUCUAUUAAACGACUCUUUACCCUGUGAAAAAGGAAAAUAAUAAAAAGAAAGCCUUGAUGUCUCA